GGGUUGCGUUCUUCAAAAGCCAUGGUUAUAGAAAACUGCGGGUUACCGGGCCCGCGGGCCCGCCCGGUCUUCUAAUUAAUGCAAAAUCUGACGGCUGUGAAUAUGAAGAUUACUGAAGAUCACUGUCUACAUAUUCACCGCUGAUAUUAUCUCACACCGCUUUAGCCCUGGGGAAACAAACAUUGGGUGGACACCGGAGUCAGUGUGGACGCUGUGGAGCAGAGCUGCUGACUAUGCUGAGACUCGAACCGCGGUUCAUCCCCACACUGUUGGUGAAGACGCCCGCCGUUUCUGGACGUCCCCCCACUACGAGCUCGCGUGUAUUCCUUUCACUAUACACUAGCGUUUCCGCAGUUCGGCGUCCAUUCGAGGCGAGGCUGCGAGCAGCACAGGACACGAGGUGUCAAGAUGAUUCCUGCAACCAAAUUGCUGGCCUUCACGGCGCUAAUUUCGUGCACCGGAGUUCGCGGACAACUGGAACAAAUCCAGUUCCUAAACCAAUUCCCAUUCCUGGGACAAUUUCCCAUUCAAGGCCAAUAUCCCACACAGGGACACUAUCCAUUUCAAAGCCAGUACCCAUUUCAGCUGCAAUAUCCCGUCGAAGUUCAAGUUCCUUUCCAGGAACCGGCACCACAAGCGACGCUACCUGCCGCCACCUGCAGAUACUGGUGCCACACGCCGGGCCCUGUGAGGCAGUUCCACUGUUGCCCCAUGGGGGGUAAGCCCGGCAUAUGUCCGCAGAUUAGCCGUGAGAUGUGCGCCCAGUACACACCAAGAAUCGAUGCCGUGCCCUGCACGUUCGACUACAACUGUGCUGAAACUGACAAGUGCUGCUUCGACCCAUGCCUCAACACAAACACCUGCCAGGUCGCCGUGAUACCUCUGCCGGAACUGCAGCACUCUGCAUUUGCGACAGAGCAAUGAGUUGGGGUGUGCGUCACAACUGUGUCUGGACAAGAUGUUGGCUGUACUGUCUUCGCUCGCUGCCAAUACAAGAAGUUAACUGAGCAAUCAUUUUGUUAUGUUUUGGUUAUGUUCCUGCCUUAACUCUCAAUAUUCACUGCCAAUACAAAAGUUAACUGAGCAAUCAUUUUGUAAUGUUUUGGUUAUGUUCCCGUCUUAACUCUCAAUAUUCACUGCCAAUACAAAAGUUAACUGAGCAAUCAUUUUGUAAUGUUUUGGUUAUGUUCCUGCCUUAACUCUCAAUAUUCACUGCCAAUACAAAAGUUAACUGAGCAAUCAUUUUGUAAUGUUUUGGUUAUGUUCCCGCCUUAACUCUCAAUAUUCACUGCCAAUACAAAAGUUAACUGAGCAAUCAUUUUGUAAUGUUUUGGUUAUGUUCCCGUCUUAACUCUCAAUAUUCACUGUCAAUACAAGAAGUUAACUGAGCAAAUAUAUUGUAAUGUUUGGGUUAUCUUCCUGCCUUAACUCUCAAUAUCCACCGUCAAUACAAGAAGUUAACUGAGCAAAUAUAUUGUAAUGUUUGGGCUA